AUGGUCCAGCAUUGGCAAGUCAUCGCGCCCGCGCGCAAAGAAACGACUGGCGUCUUGGGCAACUUACGCGACGCGUUACUUACGGGCAGCGCAGCUGGUCUCGUUCCACUCCUCGCAGUCCCACUUAACGCCCACCGUGAACAAAUUGAUGGACUCCUCCCGGGCGAAAAUGCCGAAGACAACCAAGAUGACGAUUUCGAAUGCACAAAGCGUACUCACCACAAUGAACUCUCGCAGAACCACUCCAGCAAAGCCGCGAGAAUCGAGCAUCACAAUGCCACCGAAAUCAGCUUGACCAGCCCAAAUUCCCUCUUCAACUUCCCAUCCGAGAUUCAUCACCGCAUCUUCUCGUUUCUCGAUGGCGUGGAAGACGUGCUGCGAUUCAGUCUGACAAAUCGAUACUUUUGGGCUGUCGGACUCUCCCACAUUGAAGAGCACAUCAUCAAUUCUCUCGCGCCGUGGGCUGGAGAAAAGAUAAUUUGCGUGGGCGAUAAAAGCGAUCCUCACGAUUUCCCGCCAGAUCUGCUCAGUGUGACCGAAGCCGAGGAGGUCAAACAGCUAAACAAAGUGUACGAUCUAAAAUCAUUUUCCAUUCGGAACACAUACAAGAAGAUCGGUGGACCUGCCCUAUCCCAGAGACUGCAGAGAUGGUUCCUCGACUACGAAGCGAGUCACUACAUGGGCCCCGCCAAUCGAGCAGAGAUCAUGAUGGGUCUUAAGCCGGAAAUUCUGGAAUUCUAUCCACGCAAUCAACGAUGGAUCCUGCGUAAUUUGACAACUCGAGAGUACGUGCGAGGAGAAGUGAUCGCACUUAAAGAAGAGUUCAUCCACGGUCCUCAGAUUGAAGUCUUUGGGUUUGCUGAAGUUUUAAUUUCUCGUAUUUCUUGGUCGACGGAACCCGAAAUGAUAGGCGGGGGAGACCACAUUACUCGUGGGAAAUGGGCGGGUCAUCGAUUUGAUAUUACUCCGCUGGUAUGGCUUCAGGAGAAACAUGGGAAGGAAACCUGGAGGGAUGUGAGCAAUGAGAUACUAAGAGAGAUAGAUCUGAUCCUGGGUGGUCAAUUGGGCGAUGACUGGCGGGACCAGAUGGCAAGGAGUUAUCGAAACCAUGCGAAUCAGGCUCUUGUUGAAUAUUCUUGA